AUGCGACAUAUAACUUCCCAAAUCUCCAGAAAAACCGAACAAAAAAAUGAACCCGAUGUCAUGAAAUUGGAGGUAGAACACAGAGGGCCAAAACAUAUCAUACUCACGGAGGUUAAAAAUUUACCAAACGACGAGCAACGUCGCAUAGACGUUAGCAUUCAACACUUCAAUCUAAAGCACUAUUUUAUCAUCUUCUCUGAGUCAACGGUUGGAAGCUCCAGAGCAGGGGUGGUUAUUGCUGAAGUCAAAUGGGAUCUCGAAGUUGCCCCAAUCACCAAUACGUACCUCGCGCAGCUCCCCCCUCACAGUCGUCUCAUCUAUAAAAAUGGGAAGCUGAGAUUUGAGCAAGAAAUGAUAUGUGGCAGUCUUAGUUCCUUCAUUCAAAAGGAUCCAGUAAUCAGGGACAGAGAACGUAUUUCUGCUACCACAGGUGUUCGCGAGAGGUUCACUAGACGGCUCUCCGCACAACGCGGGGCACAAAGCCAUCCACGCCCAAUCUUUUGCGAGUUUCAUUCGACAUGCCUACGGAAACUUCCCAAGAAGGAACUGAACUCGUAUACAGGGCAUGGGGAUACCAUGACUCUGAGCUGA